AUGCCGAGAGUUCUACUCAUCCUCCAACUUUCUCAUGACGCUUUGGUUUCCAAUGAAAUCUUAACCAAGAGACACAUUUUCUACCAGAACCAGGAGCUAUUUGGCACACAAGCUCGGGUAGAUGAGCUAGUGGACUGUUUAGCAUUGACUCUUGGUAUCGGUCGUGAAGAUUUGAAUAUAGUCGCCACCUCAAAAGGUCUUGUGGCUGGACAAGCGAUAGUUCAUUUGAAAGAUGGUACUUCGAUUGAUGCGUCAUACAAUCGCCUUGGCUCAUCAAUUCCGCUGUCAACCACAAUUGCUAGUGUCAACACUUCAAACAUCAAGUGGAUACUAGCCGUGUUUAGAUCUCUCGUGUCUACACAAUUCUGGCGAACAUCGGCGGCUGGGCUUGGCCUUCUCGUUACGGGCAAGGGAUACCCUGAUUUGUUGACGUGGUCAUUCCUGCAUAUCAUUCAGCGAAGUAACCCGAAUGUUCCAAUCUUAGUCCUCGUGGAUUACGAUCCUGAUGGUGUCAACAUUUUGAGGUGCUAUCGAUGGGGCCUUUCUCGACUACCGUCACCGACGUAUCUUAAAGCGCACUGGAUCGGGAUCAAGACGAGACAUAUCCUAGGGUCCCGUAAUUCGCAACCAGUACAAUCAUCUCUUGAACGAAUAGCUUAUCAGGAGCAAGCACAUUCUUCUCGAGGUGGUGAUUCCGUAGGCGACUCGAUUUCAUCCACCUCCUGCAGAGAACCCAGUGCCCAACUCUCGGUCAGAGAUCGACAACUGGUACGUGGGACACUGAGAAGGAUACAAGCAAUUAUUACAACCGAUGAAUCAAGCCAGGAAGUUGCUGAAAUGAGACACGAACUCCAAAAGAUGCUGAUGUUGGGGGUCAAGGCCGAAAUUCAGUGGCUCGAUGACGGGGGGAAUCUCACAGAUUGGCUGGAGCGAGAGAUUAUCCUUUGCCUCGGACCUGAAUGA